CGGGUCUACAUCUAAAUUCUUAAUGUCCCCCACCCCCUCCCUCACCCUCCUCUCUCUCUCGCUAUCAUCGCGUCAAAGGAAACCCUAAAUUUAUUUUCUCCCUUCUGAAAUCUUACAAGCAGCUGCAGAACUUAUAGUAAGAUGAUGUCUUGGGAAUCCACCUUUCUAUGGCAUGCCGAAUAUUUUUUGUUUUUCUGUUGGUUGACACAAACUCCUCGUCGAGCCCUUAUCCCUGCUUUUGAGUUCGAAUACUUCCACUAGGAAGCUAUUGUUAUAUUUCCUCUUCCCAAGAUGAAGCAAGCUUCAUCUUUUCUGAGGUGUAUCAGUGGUGCAUGAUGAAUAAAGCUAUUUUACUUUGCUUUCGUGUAAAUUUAGAGUGUCAUUCACUAUUUCUGGCAUCUUCUUAAUGGUUGAGUUCUCAGAUGGAAGCAACUCUUGAUGCGACCACUGAAAUUAUUAAGGUGAAGGAAGUUGAGAUGAAUAGAACAGUGAUCCUGGAUAAUGGAGAAUCUCAGGAGAUGCUACCUGAUUCUUCUAAGAAAGAUGAGAUCAAGGAAAUAAUCACAGAUGACAACAAGAAACCUAAUGUUGGAAUGACUUUCAAAACAUAUGAUGAUGUGUCUAAUUUCUAUAAGCAGUAUGCUCUACGAGUAGGGUUUGGUGUGAUCGUCAAGAAAUCUUGGUUUUCAAAAUCUGGCAAGUGCAGGAGAGUUCUAAUGGGAUGCUCUAGGGCAGGGAGCGGACGAGCAGAUGCAUGCUAUCAAGCAAGGCUGACUGCCAAGACGAACUGUCAAGCCAUGAUAGGUGUAAGGAGGAGGGAUGAUGGUUUACUGCACAUUGUGGAAGCUAAUCUUGAGCAUAAUCAUCCAGUCAGUCCUUCAACAGCACAAUCCCUGAGAUGUUACCAGAAGAUGGCAUGUGAGAUAAAUCUUAUUCAUUCUGCUGGAAAUAGAAAUUCUCACCUUGUUGAAAAGGGAUUUGGAAAUCCUGUUGAAUUUGGGAUGCUAAAGCUUGGGGAAGGGGAUGAUGCAGCGAUUCAUCAAUUUUUUUCACGAAUGCAGAAUAGAAAUCCAAAUUUCUUUUACUCAGUGGAUCUUGACCAAUAUGGUCGUUUGAGGAAUCUAUUUUGGGCUGAUGCAAGGGCGAGGGCUGCAUCAUUGUAUUUUUGUGAUGUUGUAUCAUUUGAUUCAACAUACUUGGCUGUAAAGUAUGAUUUGCCCCUUGUUUCAUUCAUUGGGACUAAUCACCAUGGUCAAACGGUGUUGUUGGGUUGCGGUUUGCUUUCAAAGGAAACUGUGGAGACAUAUGUUUGGUUAUUUAAGACUUGGUUAGCAAGCAUUAUGGGAUGCCAGCCAAAUGCUUUCAUCUCAAAUCACUGCAAGGCCAUCCAAUGUGCAGUUACAGAGGUGUUUCCAAGAAUCAGGCAUCGCCUCUGCUUAUAUAAUAUUAUGAAAAAAAUCCCUGAAAAUUUGAAAGGAUAUGCAGAAUUCAUUGCGAUAAGGAAGACACUGAAGAAGUUGGUAUAUGAUUGUUUGAGGGUUGAUGAGUUUGAAGAAAGAUGGAAUAAAAUGAUAAAGGAAUUUGGACUUGAAGGAAAUGAGUGGCUUAGUGCUUUGUAUGAGAACCGACAUUCAUGGGUUCCGCUUUAUCUCAAAGACACUUUUUGGGCAGGCAUGUCUGUUUCUCAGCGUGGUGAGAGUUUAAGCUCAUAUUUUGAUGGAUUUGUGAAUCCGAAGACAACAGUAAAGCAAUUUCUUACUAAAUAUGAGACAAUCAUACAAAGCAAGUGCAAGAAGGAAGCACAAGCAGACUCUGAAUCACUCUAUAAGAUACCUUUGAUAGCAUCAAAAUUUUACAUGGAAGAGCAGCUAUCAAAAUUGUACACUCUUAACAUCUUCAAAAAAUUCCAAGAAGAGUUAAAAGCCACCAUGUAUUGCCAUGCUUCACCAAUUAAGAUAGAGCGGCCUAUUUGUAUCUUUCAGGUUAAAGAAUGUUCAUAUAUGGAAAAUGGUAAGAGAACUGAGAGCAAGGACCAUGAGGUCUGUUACAAUUCAGAAGAACUUGCUGUGCAUUGUGCAUGUGGUUUUUUUCAGUUUAAUGGAAUUUUAUGUCGGCAUUCUUUGUCAGUUUUUAAGUUGCAACAAGUUUUUGAAAUUCCAUCUCAGUAUGUCCUUGAUCGCUGGAAAAAGGAGUUUAAGAAGUUGUAUCGUUUGGCUCGUUACUCGGAGGAUAUAAUACCUAGUACCCCGGGGGAGCGUUAUUCAUACUUGUCUGUGCGCCUACUUCAACUUGUAGAACUAGGAUUUGUAUCUGAAGAGAGGUUUCAACUUGCAUUAAAACUAAUUAGGGAGCUAGAAAAAUCUCUUCUGGAUGAUCCAGAAGGCAGAGACAAGCAACCCCGGCUUCUCUCUUUUGAGACCCAGACCAGUCAGUGUGUUAAUGACCUUUUGUCUUCACAAUUUGCUAUGUCAAAGGUUUGCAAGAACCCCACUUCUUUGCACACAAAACGAAGAGGUAGGCCGCCAAAAAAAACCAAGGAAUCUAACGUAGAUUUGUUAGUCCAAACAAAUAAGGAGCAGGAUUUUCUGAGAUCAUCUCUCAUCGGGAGUGAGAACCUUGUAUUUCAAGCAGCCUCAACUUCUUCACCUCUUGAUGUACAUCUUGGAUCACAAAGAGGCAACGAUUUAAUGGAAGACGUUAACUCCAAUGAGCUGUCAUUUGGUACUCAUUUUGGCGUGCAUGAUAACCCUCAGCAUCACCUGGGAGGUCAAGUAAGACUGCAGAGUUUAUACGAACAGCAAGCAUUGGAAAUUCCAGCAAGGGUGCAGUGGCUUUAUCCACCAAGUUUCCAGGAGGAAGCACAUACAGUUCCAAGGACCAGAUAGGAGAGUUUGCAACAAACUAUGUUCUCCUUAACCUUAGGGAAUAAUCACUGUUCAUUCCGUGUGGCUUGCCUAGCCUCUAUGUUUGAGCUGCGCCUAAAAUUCAGCCACAAACUAUGUUUCCUUUUUUGCUUCUGCUUAAGGCGCAGCCUCGUUUGUAUUCUAACGUGGCAAGUGAAAGGAGCAUGUCCUCGUAAAGAUUUUGAACUAGGGAAAAUACCCCAUGAAUUCAAGCAAUUAGUCCGGGUUUUGGGCCUGUUGUGAGAACAGUCAGUAAUUUGACAGUUAUGGCAUCAGAACCAGUGGAGUUGACAGAGGAGAAUGUUUUUAUGCAAGCUUAAAAGUUUCUCUUGCUUUUGAUUUCGCCUUUCCUGCUAAGGUGCCUCCUUCAUAAUGGUAAGUAGCACCAGCGGCUCAUUUGGUUGCUUCAAUUUAAAAUUCUUGAUGUUAAUGUUUAUUAUAUUCGUCAUUUGAUUGAAUGUAAUUAGACACUGCUAAUUGAUUUCAAUUCCCAAAAACAUUCUCUCAAAAGUGAGGAUUUUAAUUUCACAUUAAAUUAGUGAAAACAAAAUCCUCACUUUCUACAACAUAUUUUCAUCUACAAGUAACCAAUUGGUCCCUAAGCUGCGCUAUGAACUGAAGACUGGAUCCAAGGUCGCUAACAACCUCAGCAGCUAAAAAUUUGGCAGCAGUCACCAUACUUAUGGGAAAUUAGGAGAUGCAAGCAGAAUGAUUGCAUGUGAGUGGCUUUGUUUUAUCUGGAGAAUGGAUCUGUUUUUAUUUAAAAAUGAGAACUUUGCAAUUUAUGUUUCAUAACCAUUUAAACAAGUUCUGUUGUCAAUCAAGCAUUUGAGCCAUCAUGGAGUUUUUUUUUUUCAUCGAAAAGUUCUUAUGAGAGAAAUACUGCACUUAGAAUUUGAAAGUGUGAUAUUCCCGAGAACAAUUCAGUUGUUUUGUCUUGAUAAAAUCACUGUAUCAAUAUUGCUGGCAAAUGUAACAUUCUCGCUCUCUCCUAUUGUGCUAUAAAUUAUAUUGCCAUACAUUUGUCUUGAUUUCUGUGAACAGUUUUUAAUGCAGUAGAAUUCACAUGUUAGGACAUCUUUUUAUGGAUGACCUUUUACUAGAAUUAAGACAUAAGUUAAAAAAGCCUGUAAACCUGAGGCUCCAAAGCUUCCAGCAGAGAACAAAGAGAUGAGCUUCUCAUAGCCAUUCCCAAAAUAAACUAUUCCAUGCAUUUGAGAGUUAGAUGAUAUAAGCUGCUUCCAAGACGGUGAAACGUUACCUAAUUGUUGAAUCAAUAUAGAAUAGCAGCAGAUAUUCAACCAAUAAAUAAGAAUAGAUUUGUUGAUGGGCUUCCAGAUAAAUUUCAUCUUGCAAGAAAUAUUAAUGAUGGCGGGACAGAGAAAGCCCAGGCAUCCCUUAGAUUUUGACAAAGUGGUUUGCUGCCAAGAGAUAGUGUGUGGCUUAUAGGAGGCAUCAGCAACUAAUAACAGUCUUCAGAACACAUUCAGCAAGAAAUAAAGAUCUGAGCCAAUAAGCUAAAUAACUCAACGUGGUCAUUU